GUUUUGGGCAAUGGGGAAGACAUGCGCGGGAGUUUUUCAUUUUACCAAACGUACGAAAAGUCAAUAAUCUAAAUAGUGCCUUGUGACUUCUGCCACCGACUUGUGGUGGGAAUUUGCUGCUGCUGCUGCUUAUGAUAAUGGUGGAAAUAAAAGGCUCUGAAAUUUUGGGGAUUUGGUGAAUCCGCUCGAAGUUCUUCUUCCUCUUCUUCAAAUUGCGCAGAUAUGGCGUCGGCCGAAAUCAGCGGAAUCGCGAAGGAUGUAACUGAAUUGAUUGGCGAUACUCCGAUGGUGUACCUGAAUAACGUGGACGGAUGCGUCGCACGUGUCGCGGCCAAGCUCGAAUCCAUGGCGCCUUGCUCCAGCGUUAAGGAUAGAAUCGGUUACAGUAUGAUUGCAGAUGCUGAAGCACAAGGACUCAUCAAACCAGGAGAGAGUGUUGUGAUCGAAGUUACGAGUGGCAACACCGGUAUAGGCCUGGCGUUUAUAGCUGCCAUUAAAGGAUACAAGCUCAUCGUCACAAUGCCUUCUUACGUGAGCUUCGAACGCAAAAUCAUUCUCCUGGCAUUCGGCGCCAAAGUGGUGCUAACAGAUCCUGCCAAGGGAGUCGAAGGAGUGAUUCAGAAAGCUGAGGAGAUUCAUGUGAAGACGCCGAACUCUUAUAUACUUAAGCAAUUCUUAAACCCUUCGAACCCCAAGAUACACUAUGAAACUACCGGGCCGGAGAUAUGGAAAGGAUCGAAUGAAAAGGUCGAUGCAUUUGUUUGUGGGAUUGGCACCGGAGGAACUAUCACCGGCGUAGGAAGAUAUCUUAAAGAACAGAAUCCUAACAUAAAGUUAUAUGGUGUGGAGCCGGUUGAAAGUGCUGUUCUUUCGGGAGGAAAGCCGGGUAAACAUAAGAUUCAAGGAAUCGGCGCUGGAAUUAUUCCCGAUGUUCUUAAUGUUGCUCUCAUUGACGAAGUACUUCAAGUAUCGAGCGAAGAGGCCAUUGAGACAGCGAAACUACUCGCGCUAAAAGAGGGGUUGUUGAUGGGGAUAUCGUCGGGUGCUGCAGCAGCAGCCGCACUUUCAAUAGCCAAACGCCCCGAAAAUGCAGGAAAACUUAUCGUUACACUUUUCCCGAGCUUUGGCGAGCGGUAUUUAUCAACGGAGCUUUUUGAUUCGAUCAGAAAAGAGGCUGAAAACAUGACUGUUGAGCCAUGAACAGGUUUUGUAAGAAACUUUUCGACAACUUGAGCUCCCUCCGGACAACGGAAGGGAGGGAUUGAUCCAAUUGUAUGUAAGAAUUCUUAACGUAUAAUUGUACCAUACAUUUUCCCACUUGGCGUUGGAUUAUUGUCACGCACGUCGAUUGAUCGUUGGAAAACUCAAUGUUAUAUUAGUAAAUUCAAGAAUUUGUAGUCGAAAUCGACAAAACAUGAAGAAAUGCCGCGAUACUAUGACUCCGAUCCUUGCUUAA